AUGCCUAUGGAAAGUGAAGAUGAAUAUGAAAACGACAGUGACGACGAAUGGGAACCAAAUAGAGACGACUAUUUGGAUAAUUCUCAAGAUCAUGAAGACUCUGUCACCGGAAGUAAUGUUGAUGAUACUACUGCAGAUGAUGAUAUAAGCGAAGGGCCAGAAGAUUUGAAUGAUCAAACAACAUCAAUAUAUACGGGCCAUGAAAAUGAUCCGAAUACACGACCGAUUGCCGAACCCGACUUAGGAGCAAGCGCUAAUAUUGUCCUUCGCUUAGACCGAGAUAUACCAAAAUUUCAAAGAGAUAAACUUUAUUUUGAUAAUUUUUACACCUCUUUAGAUCUUGUGAUAUACCUUCACAAACAAGAAAUUUUACCUUUAGGGACAAUAAAGGCAGGUACCUCGGUAGAAUAUGUGACAGAUGUUGAAUCUGUGGAAGUACCAUCUUUAGCAUGGAACGACAACAAAAUCGUACACUUGAUGUCCUCAUUUUGUGGUCAACUUCCUGAAACCCCAGUCAAAAGAUUUGAUAGAAAAACGAAAGAGCAUAUAGAAAUAAACUGCCCUCAAAUAAUAAAAAUUUACAAUAAACAUAUGGGUGGCGUCGACGCGUUGGAUAGCCACAUUGGACGUCACAGGAUUAAAAUUAAAUCUAAGAAAUGUGGGAAAGUAAAGACAAUACAACCCAGUAACCAAAAAAAAUUUAGAAGUGAAAUCACACAGUGCCUAUGCAGAUUAGACAAAUCUUCAGCCAAAAGAGGCCGUCCAAGCGGAGGGAUUCAAGAGUCUCUGGGACUAAAGAAAAAAAGAAAUCCAGCUGCUAUAAUUCCACCUCUCGACGUCAGGACCAACAAAAUUGACCACUGGCCGGAAUGGAUAGAAAACAGAGGACGAUGCAAAUUUCCUGGCUGCAAAGGGUUAACUUAUGUGCAUUGCAACAAAUGUAGACUACCCUUCUUCUGGUUGAAUAAAAGCGACGCAUGGCAAGCUGGUAGGAACAGCUUGGCCAACCCCUCGUAA